CCGAGGCUUCUUUUUCAGAUCCUUGGAUCCUUGUGUAUUUUUUUUUUUCAUUUCCUGCUCAUUCGCCUCGUUGCUGUGUUGACCAGUGGACUACUGUUGACUUGUCUGGACUUGCCUAAACGUGUCUUUGAUACAAUCAUCGAUUAAUCAUCAAAAAGUUACUUAAUUUUACUCAAGUAUACAUUUUAUAUCAAAAAAACCAAUAUCUUUAUUAAAAACUAUAAUUAAAAAUAAUUUAUUAACCAUGGCAAAUGUUGAAGAAACAACUAAAACCAUCGAAAACCAAAUGCCAGCACCAAAAAUUAAACAUGACUGGUACCAAACUGAAGCACAUGUUGUUAUAACAAUUCUUGCUAAAAAUAGUGAAUCAGUCAAUGUUCAGUAUGGAGAAACAACUCUAAGUGUUACUGCAAAAUUACCAUCAGGAAGUGACUACAGUCUUGAGCUUGAUCUUGCUCACCACAUUGUUCCUGAUGAAUGUUCUCAUCGUGUUGUUCCUUCAAAAAUUGAAAUAAAACUCAAAAAACUUGAGGGUUUAAGAUGGUCAACACUUGAGGGUGAUGCUCAAGUUGUUGCUGAUAAAAUUCAACCAAUACCACGUGAAAUUAUUGAAGGUAAACAACACCCUCCAAAAUAUCCAACCUCAAGCAAAAAGCCAAUUGAUUGGGAUAAAAUUGAAAAAGAAAUUGAGAAAGAAGAAGCUGAAGAAAAACCAGAAGGUGACGCUGCAUUGAAUGGACUAUUCCAAAAAAUUUAUGGUAGUGGAUCUGAUGAAGUUAGAAGAGCUAUGAACAAAUCUUUCCAACAAUCUGGUGGAACUGUUUUGAGUACAAACUGGGACGAAGUCAAGGCAAAAGAUAUCACAUGCAAACCUCCAGAUGGUAUGGAAUUCAAAAAAUGGGAUUAAAUUAAU